AUGGUAUGGCAACAAGAGCUUGAAACGAGACUUGACGGCGGGGUCGUGUCAUUGAGCAUAGUUGCGGGCAGCGGCGAGCUGCUCGCAGGGACACAGGAAGGGUCCGUGUACAGGCUGCUGCUCGCCGACCUCUCCGCAUCGAAGGUGUCAUCAUCUCAAAGAAGCCCGGUGCUGUCUGUUGCGUGCGGUGAUCGGUGCGACGCGUUCGCAACGUGUGCCCAAGACGGUGCGGUGCGAAUCUGGGAACUGUGCGACUUUGGUGUUGUGGCUGAGGCCUCGGAACGUUCCCAGAGAUCCGCCGGCAGCGCCCGCGCUCUGUUCCUCUGCUGGCUCGGGGACGAGGCUGUGGUGACGGGCUGGAGCGAUUGCUCCGUAAGGUGUUACGACGCGGCUACCGGUGCCUUGCGCUGGGCAAUCCCAAAGGCCCACCGAGCUGCCGUGACGUGCUGUGCCGUGCGGUUUGACUCCUCCGCGUCCUUUUUGGUCACCGGCGCCGAGGACGGCAGUGUUAGUGUGUGGAGCCUCCGCACCAGAGAGCUUUUGUUGCGGUUCUCCGAACAUCAGAAGGGGGUGACAACGGUGCUUGUGGAUGUGGCUUCCCCGAAUUUGGUGCACUCCGCGGGGACGGACUGCACGGUAUUGACGUACGAUCUACGCAAGGAGAAGCGCACCGUCGCACACAUGACGCGCGGCGGAGCCUUCCAGGGCAUGACCCAACGCAUCGACUCCGAAAACGAGCUCAUCACUUGCGAUAUUCACGGUCGUCUUCUGACAUGGGAUUGUGACUACCCAGCCCCAGUGCAGGCCAUGCAAGACCCCUCAAAACAGCGCUUGAGCUGCGUAAGCGUGUCACCAUCUGGGCGGUACAUGGCACUCGGCGGUGACGAUGAACUCGUCAAGGUCCUGGACCUGGCAACGAAUUGCGAGACCGUGGCUUGCGGACGAGCUCAUGCUGGUGCCAUUACGAGCGUGCAGUGGACAAGGGAUGAGCGACAGCUCAUUUCGGCGGCAGAGGAUUGCACCCUAGCCAUCUGGAACUUUUUUGGGUCGCCUCCUCCGCCGUCUGGUUGUCCUGACGAACAACGCAAACCAUAG